ACUACAACACCCAAAAAAAACAGAGUUAAAAAUUUCAAUUAGGUUUCUUUGACACUCAUAUCUGUCUUAGAUUCUUGUGCUCAAAGAAAUCUUAAAACUGUUUACCUUUUUCUCUUUCCAUACAAAGUUUAGAUUUUUUCAAAGGCUUUUGAUCAGAAUCAAUGGAGAUCACAGCUGAAAAGAUGCAAAUGUCAAGGUUCAAAAGAAUCUGUGUCUUCUGUGGAAGCAGCCAGGGCAAGAAAAGUAGUUACCAAGAUGCUGCUGUUGAGCUUGGCAACGAACUGGUUUCAAGGAAUAUUGAUUUAGUCUAUGGAGGUGGGAGCAUAGGAUUGAUGGGUUUGGUUUCACAAGCUGUUCAUGAUGGUGGUCGUCAUGUUAUUGGAAUUAUUCCCAAGACCCUCAUGCCUAAAGAGUUGACUGGUGAAACAGUAGGAGAAGUAAGAGCAGUUGCAGAUAUGCACCAAAGGAAAGCUGAGAUGGCUAAGCACUCUGACGCUUUUAUUGCCUUACCAGGUGGAUAUGGAACCCUUGAAGAAUUGCUUGAAGUCAUAACUUGGGCUCAGCUUGGAAUACACGAAAAGCCGGUGGGUUUGCUUAAUGUUGAUGGAUACUACAACUCUCUGCUCUCAUUCAUCGAUAAAGCCGUUGAAGAAGGAUUCAUCAGCCCUACUGCUCGUGAGAUCAUCGUCUCCGCUCCUACUGCUAAAGAGCUUGUGAAAAAGCUAGAGGAAUACGCACCUUGCCAUGAAAGUGUUGCGUCUAAGCUUUGUUGGGAGACAUAACGGAUUGAAGAAUGAUCAAGAUCCAAUAUAUCUAUCUAUAUACCUAUUUAAAUAUCUUAUAUAUAGAUAAUGAAAAUGUGGGAGAUUUUCAAGAUUUCAAUCUUACUAAAAAGGGAAGGAAUAGAUUCUGAUUAGUUGGCGUAAAGUAAAAAAUAUUUCCACUACGGAGGAAUUAUUUUGUGUAAAUUAUUAUUAGUUGUUGUCUUUUUAACUCCAAACUAAGUGUCUUUUGAUUCUGUAUGAUCACCAACUCUCUUCUGUAACCAGACAAAAAUAG